AGAAGAAGGAGAAGGAUCGUAGCUUAGAAACGAGAGAAAGCAGAGACUUUAUCUCCGGAUUCACACCAUAACCCCUGGGUUUCUUACGGCUGUUUCUCUGUCAUUAAGGUGAGAGUUAUCACGAUGCCGGGGGAACACGGUGACCAGUUCAAACAGGGAGACCUGGUGUUCGCCAAGAUGAAGGGGUUCCCCCACUGGCCUGCCAGGGUGUGUCCGUUUGUCGGCGGUGGAAGAAAUAAGAGAAUCCCAGUCUACUUCUUCGGAACGCAUCAGAUAGGAACGAUCCCUCCGGAGAACAUCGUGCCGUACGUCGGGAACAAGCUGAAGUUCGGCAGCGGCGUCCGGAUCAAAGGCUUCACUGAAGCCAUGUGGGAGAUCCAGAACACGCCCGCCGUGGGGAGCAAACUCAAAAUUGAAUCAGAGCGAGAAAAGAGCAACGCUCCUGCUGUCACCCCUCCAGUCAACAAGAAACUGAAGAGCCCAGAACCAAAGUCUGAGGAAGAGGAGGAGAAAUCUUCAUCAGAGAGGAAAGGAGUCAAGAGGAAAGGGGACGAGGAGGAGGAAACCAAUCAGGGAACAAGUGAAGGAAACAAGGAGAGACCCAGCAGGAGAAGGAGCACUGAGAGCAGCAUGGAGGAGAACAAAGAGACCCCCAGACCUCAGAAACAGAUGAGAAGAAAGGAACCAAAACGUUUCAGCUGUGGCCAAUGUGGGAAAGAUUUCACUACAUCAAGUGAUCUUCAGAGGCAUUAUCGUAUUCACACUGGAGAGAAACCACACAGCUGUGACCAAUGUGGGAAAACAUUUUCUCAAAAAAGCGGCCUUUCAUCCCACCAGAGCAUCCACACUGGAGAGAAACCACACAGCUGUGAAAUGUGUGGGAAAACCUUUGCUCAGAAACGCACCCUUUCAACUCAUCAGCUCAUUCACACUGGAGGAAAACCACACAGCUGUGAAGAGUGUGGAAAAACGUUCACUUCAUCAAGUGAUCUCUCAGUCCAUCAUCGUAUUCACACAGGAGAGAAACCAUACUGGUGUGAAGAGUGUGGGAAAACCUUUUCUCAUGUAGUAAUCUUAAAGCCCACCAGCGCACUCACUCUGCCUCCAUCUGAUCCUUUUCUGAGUCAAGCUAGCAUUCCUCCUGCUUUUCUCCAAAUGUAAAGCUGACCAACAGUGACUUUACGUUCUAAUAAACAUGUUUUUUAUGGACUACAUUCAGACCUCCCAAAACCCUGCUGUCCUCACACACUUAGCUCUAUAUGAGAGUGCUCUGGUUAAUGAAAAUGUUUUUUGAUUUGAAUAAAGCAGCCUUAUACUGUUGCUGCGAUGCUGAACGUAACAAUGAUCUGUCUACCAGCAGCCUGUGAAUGAGACGUUUAGGGAACAUCUGUAAAUAGAAGCAUCUCUUGAUCUUUUCCGUACAUUUCUUAAUAUAGUCUUUAUGUAUAAUACUUCCUAAUCAAUUACCCGUUGUGUGUAGUUGCAAUUUUAGUGAGCAUCGAGUUCAGAAAGGUUCUUGCUAUGUUUAGUUGCCCAACAUUCACUGAAUAUUUUUAUUUCACAUUUAUGUUCAAUUGAAAUGUUUGAGUUUUUGUCCUUUUUGAAGUGAUCUUUAAAACACUAAGACACGUUGGGUAUGAGAAGAGAGACACUAGUAAUGUGAGACUCAGUCGCAGUUAUCCAGGUUAGAACUGAAACUCACUGAGAGUCACUAUUUCUGGAGAAAGGUGUUAAAUGUUUGAAAUAUGAAAGUCCAUCAUCUUCCGUUGAAUUGCGGUGAAGGAGGGUCGUUAAAUAAAUAUUUACAUCUUGUGCUGCAUCGCUACUUUUAUUCUUGAAUAAUCUCCUUUCUGAAUGCAGAAUUGAAAUGGCCCAUUUGAAGCUAAAGUACUUGAAGGAGACUAGACUG